AAUUUCACACACACUGUCAUACACAUCGGAUCAGGACGGACCUCAACAGUACAGAUCAACAAACAUGGACACACGGCUCUCUGUCUCUCUGCUUGCCGGGCUUGUGAUCCUCCUCCACGGCUUCACGGCAUGGGCGGCGGUGGAGGUGAACAUGGAGGACAGGGUAGAGGUUUUCAAGGGGGAGACAGCUCAAAUCACCUGCAUGUUCACCUCAGAUGACGGCAUCGGGGCUUUGACCAUCCAGUGGUUUUAUGUGUUGAAAACAGGGGAGAAGCAGAGUAUUUAUUAUCAAGAUGCCACUGUACAAUCAGUGGAACGAGGCACUCAGUUCACAGAUCGCAUCAGCGUCAAUGUGACGGCAGCCACUGGGGAAGUUUUGUUGACUGUCAACGAUGUUCAGCUGAAAGACCAGCUAGAGUUCAUCUGUCUUGUCAUGAGUUUGACUGACGGCUUCUCGGAGGGACGUACCAAGCUACUGGUAUUUGAACGACCAGACUACCUCAGCAUAGAGGGCGUUCAAACUGGUAUUUACGCCAAUGAAGACACGCUAUCAAGGAUUGGCUUCUGCGAGGUCAAAAAUGGCUUCCCGAAGCCAAACAUUACUUGGUACCGAAACAACACACCUUUACAAGCAGUUCCCGAUGCGAUCAAGGUAGUGCACAGCACAACCACAGAGUCCAGCGGUCUGUUCUCAGUGAGCAGUGAGCUGAGCCUGAAGGUGAUGAAGGAGGACAAGGACGCUCAGUUCUACUGCGAGGUUACCUACCUGGUGCCAGGAGGAACCAAAAUGAUUGAGACCAAUCUCAUUAACAUCACCGUGUACUAUCCGUCCACUGCUGUUCACGUGUGGGUGGAGUCACCGAAGGGCAAAAUUAAGGAAGGGGAUUCAAUUACAUUUCAUUGCCAUGGCAAUGGUAAUACGCCAUCGUCAGUGUAUACCAUCAAGCACAACGACAACGAAUAUGGGCUGGAGAACAACAUGCUUGUGCUGGAAAACGUGACACGUCGCCACAGUGGCAUUUAUGAGUGUACAUCAAUGGACAUGGAAACUUACGAGGAGCUCUUAGGGAAUACCACAGUGUUUGUCAACUACCUCGACUCUGCCGUGGUGUUGCCCACCAAAAUGGAGUUGGAUCAAGGCGAGGAAAUGACAGCCACCUGUAAUGCUCUAUCUUCUCUACAGACGCACACAGCCUGGUUCAAGGAUGGGCAAGAGGUGUCGGUGGGACACACUUUACGAUUGAAGGAUGCCACCUUUGACCUAGCAGGGACGUACACAUGUGUGGUGACAGUUCCUGAAAUCGAUGGCAUGGAAAAGAUGCAACCUCUUCGAGUCAAUGUAAAAGGUGCACCAGAGAUUAUGAAACCAGAACAAACAGACUUUGAAGAGAGUUUGGCCAACAAAGUAGAUCUGACUUGUCAAGUGCGAGGUUUCCCAGCUCCUGAUGUUAUUUGGACCACCUCUGAUGGAAAGGUCCUGGAGCCUACAUCCCAUACUGAGGAGGAGGACAGCGUCUACAGUGUGUUGAGCAUGGCAGUCACCUCUGACCUCACCACCUUCUGCAAUGCUACCAAUAAGUAUGGUGCCGAUGCAUUGACUUUCAACAUCAAAGCCAUUGUACACACCACAGCAGCAGCCACCACCACUACUAGCACAAGUGCCACUACUAGCACAAGCACCACCACUCGCACAAGCGUUCUUUCCACUUCCACAGAGAGCAGCGGCGUAAUCAUCGCAGUAAUCAUCAUCUGCAUCCUGCUGCUGGCUAUCUUGGGAAGCGUGCUUUACUUCCUCUACAAGAAAGGAAAGAUCUGCGGCCGUUCCGGCAAGCAAGACCUCACCAAAGAGAAAUCCAGCAAAGACAACAUUGUGGUGGAAAUGAAGAGCGACAACACUGAGGAUGCCGUUCUCCUCGGGGUGAACGGCGAGAAACUGCCGUAUAGCAGCCAGUAAACAAUGAUGAGGAGGAAGCCACUGCUGUGACCCAACAACACUCCGAGCUCCCCCACAGCCUCUUUUCCUAUCAAUCAAAAGCUGUCCAAGACCCCAAAUUGAUCACACUGUGCUUGAUUACAUCCCUGCACGUCUAUGUUGGAGGCCAACAAUGUUUGACUGAGGCUGUCCAUUUUGUAUAUCGCAGGGACUAUUUUUGUAUCUCCCCGAACAAUCACUAUGGAGCCACUUGAACAAGCUCUUUCUCCAGUGUACAUACUACAGUACGUAAUGCGUGUAUAUAUAUUUCCUUAUUUAAAGUGUACUGACACUUGAUUUACGAGGAGCAGAGACAGCCGUUCAGCAAAAGUCCGUACACUGAAAAUCUUUGUGUAUAUGUCACGAUUUUCCUUAGAGAUAUUUCAAAUGUAUUUUUGCUUAAAUCAAAUUGUGAUUAAUUUGCUAGAAACAAUCUUCCUACCCCACUUCUCUGUCGCUAACGCUAGCACCUUCACUCAUUAACUGUAAAGGAUAUAUUUUUGCAAAACUAUUAUAAAUUAUUGAUUUCACAUCUUUAGUCAGUUCCCGUUCCUUCGCAGUUUAACCAAUGCAUGUGUGUUUUCAAGCUUUACAAAUAGUAAACUAUUACGCCAAAGAGAUUACAUCCAAAGCUUUGAAUAGUAUACAGCACGUGCAAAAUCACUUGGGUUAAAAUAUGAAGCGUGUAGAUGUUUUCUGUUCAGUGCACUGAUUUCUUUGUGGUCUUUAUGCAGUUAGCUUGCGUUUCUGUAAUGUGAAUUUUUUUUGUGACGUGACGGUGACUGCAUUAACUCGUCCUAUUUUUGAGGGACAGCGGGGCUUGUGUUGAAAAUUUGUAUUCAUGUGUUGAGUGAAUAUUUAUGUAGAAUUAGCCACAAAUGGAGCCUUGUGUUCAGUGGUGCCUGCACAUGAAACACAUGCCAGAAAGCACCACUGCUUAAAUUGACAUGGGAUGGGCAUUUGAGUGCAUUUUCUGGAUUGACUAUUGAAAAAAAAAAUCAUCCAGGAGUUAGUCCUGAGAUUGUUUUUACGCCAGUUUUCAACUGGAGUUGCUCAACUUCUAAGAGCAGCUCAGAGGUGUCAAACAUGCGGCCCGCUGGCCAGAAGUAGCCCACCAGGGGGACCAAUUUGGUCUGUGAGGUUGUUCUGCCUUAAUGAACGUUGUAGCUUAUUCUUACUGGAUAUACAGAAUAACAUGCUUUCAUUUUAACAUCAGGGUUUGUGCACCACUGCACUCGGCUCACUUUUGUGUAUGCAGUUACAUUCGUUCAUUUGCCCCUUCACUGUUAAAUCGGAAUUGAUGUCUAGCGCCGCCAAUAGCAACCAAUGAAUAAACAAAGAAGUGACCCAAAAAUGUCUCGAAACAAACAGCAAGUGACCUAUGAAGUAACCUGAAAAUUAACAUGCAAUGCAAAUAAACAAGCAGGAGCCCGGAAAUGCCCUAAGACCAACAGGAAAUGUUCCAAAAUGUACAGGAAGUCACCCAUAAGCACCCUAAAUUUUUCAAGGAAGUGACACAAAAUUAACUGUUUGGCUUACACUGAAAACGCUAGACAUCCAGUUGGCUUAAACUAGGAGAACUAGCUUUCAAUGCCCAUCUUUCAGUGCCACUGAUGGUUCGCCGCUUCCUAGUCAAAGUGGAUUGGAUGUCUAGCGGUGUCAAUGGCAGCCAGUGAAUUAAUUUACUAGGUGAAAAAUAAACUGGGCCAGCCCACAUGAGAUAUGAUUUGCUUGAAUGUAGCUCGCGAACCAAAAUGACUUUGAUACCCCUGAUCUACAUGUAUAAAGACAAAGGGCUCAAUUAUAUUUGUCAAAUAUAUGUGUUGAAGGAGUGGAAUUAUUGCAUUUGUUAAAAUAUCACAUCACUGGUAUGAUUUAAUGUUUGAAAAAUGAUUCAUGCCUUGUGGUAUUUUAAGUCAUCAUAGAUGUCCUGUGAUUUAAAUCAUGAUACCACUUUGUCCUACUAAUACUUGUGCUGCCCUGUUGAUCGAGUCAAGCUAUUUUGUGAACUUCUGUCACCAUUUGCGGUUUUUUAAUUAGUUGAUUACUUUUACCCAUUGAAUCCAAGAAAACAAAUUGUUACGUGAUGCCUUUCAAAAACAUUUUUUUAAUUAAAGAAAAAGAACCAUACUGAAUAAAUUAAGAACUUGGGAGUGUUCAUUGUUGUUAAUUAGUCAUAUUAUGUGAAUAUACCAAAGCACCAAUAACACAAUUUUUAUUCAGUGAGCAGAAAUUACAGUGGAUAUAGUCUACAUACAUGUUCAAAUUCCAUGUUUUCCCCCAUAAUAACAAUAUUCAGACCAAGAUCAAUCAUGAAUUUGUCCCACUAUUAUUCUGAUUUGUAAAUUGUACGAAUGAAUAGAAGUUUUUGAAAACAAAUGUAUUAGAAAUGAUAGUAAUAAUUAAACAAUUUUUGGUUUUCAUUCGUCAUAGACUUGCAUCAGUGUAUAACUGGACUACAAUCUCACUUUGAGGUCCAAUAUGUAUUUUUUAAUACAUUAGUUGAACAGGGGUGAGUACACUUUUGAUUUCUUUAUUGUAAGACAAGCCAGGAUAGGGCAGGCAGUAAGAGUGGCAAAAAAGUAGUACUGCAAUUCAGUGUGACAAAACAUAUCGUUCAAUUUUAUCACAAUAAAUGCAUUUACUUGUUAGUUUGUAGCUGUAGGUCUGUGGCUUUGUCCUUUUGGUAAACUUCUACGUGAAUGUUUUUUUUUUUUUUUUAAAUCAGGGGUCCCCAAACAUUUUUUUUGUGAGGGCCACAUAAUUUUCCCCUUCUCUGAUGAGGGGCCGGGGUCAGUUUGUAACAGAAAAGGUGUGACUGUUGCAGGACUGCCUAAAUGUAAAAAUGUAUUGUUUUUCAGAAAGCCACAAUCAAAUAACCUGUUUCGAUUCUUCACAGAACAAAAGUAAAUAAAAUAAAAAUAAUAAUACAAUAUAAAAUAAAUAAUAACACUUAAUUAAAUAGAUAACAACCAAAUAACCCUCUCUGGGUUCUUGACAGAAAAAAAAGCCAGGAAAUAAAUAACA